CCAGUUCCCUGCCUGCUGCUCGGAGUGGCGCCUCCUGCCCUGUUGUGGUCGCCUUUCGUCCCGGUUUCUUGGUUUGCUGUGUUCCGCUCCUGCUGGCCUGGUGGCUCUGGUGCCGCAGUUCAGAGGAAAGAAAUGAGACGGAAACUUCUGGACCUUCAGAUGAGAUCUUUCCACGCUUUAACAACAAUAUGCCAAUGCCAAAGCUUUAACAAAACUGGAUAUCUACUAUUAAAGCUGGAUAAUGAAGUUGAAAGAACAGCUCACAGAACAGCAAAGUCUUGGGAUUUGUAUGCACUGAAACCUGCGUUCCCUUGGUUGACAAGUCAAUGUGUGCAAGUCAGGAAUUGGCAUUUUCUCCAAGGAUUUCUGUCCACUUUGGAAAGAAGUGUUUAUUAUCAGAGUGGGGAGGGUUUUUUCUCAUCCUGGAGACGUUUGGGUGUUACAAUAAUGGAAAACUACAGGCUCAAUACAGAGUGGAUCAAAAAGCUUAGGAACACAUCAUCAAGAUUUUAUGCAGUUGUAUCAGCUGGUAAAACUGUCCCCAAACCCAGUAACCAGCCAGUUAAGAGGCCACCAAAGGCACCAAGGACCAAGCAGCCAUCCAGAACGAACCUGCCACUCUCAGACAUGGAGAAUCUGAUGCAGUGCACAGCCUUUGCAACAGCAGAUGAAUAUCAUCUUGGUAAUCUGUGUCAUGACCUGACUUCACAUGGAUAUGUUGAAAUAACGAGUUUGCCUAGAGAUGCUGCAAAUGUUUUGGUGGUCAGUACUGAGAAAUCUGCAAAAGAAGAUGAUCCCGGCAUGAUUUUUUUCUUCAGGGAAGGGGCUGUUGUAUUUUGGAAUGUGGAAGAGAAAAGUAUGAAGAAUAUUAUGCGAGUGCUAGAGCAGCAUGAAAUUCAGCCAUACGAAGUUGCACUGGUCCAUUGGGAAAAUGAAGAGCUGAACUAUAGAAUAGGAGAAGGUCAGUCAAAACUUCAUAAAGGACAAAUCUUGUUAAAUUCUGAGCUGGAUAGUGAUGAAGUUGUUCUGCAGAAAUUUGCCUUUUCAAAUGCUCUUUGUCUUUCUGUGAAGCUGGCUAUUUGGGAAUCAUUACUGGAUAACUUUGUGGAAUCUAUCCAGUCAAUUCCUGAGAUUCUAAAGUCCCGAAGGAAGGUAAAACUCUCUCAUGCAGAUGUGAUGCAGAAAAUUGGAGAACUCUUCGCACUAAGACACCGUAUAAAUCUGAGCUCAGACCUGCUAAUAACACCAGACUUCUACUGGGAUAGAGAAAAACUGGAAGAGCUUUAUGACAAGACUUGCCAGUUUCUCAACAUUAAUCGCAGAGUUAAGGUAAUGAAUGAAAAGCUCCAGCACUGCAUGGAGCUGACAGACCUAAUGCGAAAUCACCUGAAUGAAAAGCACGCACUGCGCCUUGAGUGGAUGAUUGUAAUACUAAUCACCAUAGAGGUUGGUGGGGCUUUUUUCAACAUUACCAACAUAAGUGCAAUUUCUAUGCUUCAUACUUUGAGAAUUAAGAUCACUGUUAUUAAUGUGAUGUACACGGGGAUUAAUAUUUGUACCAACUUUCAAAUAGCGGCUACAGUUACUUUUCAGAUUAUCUGAUUUAUAGUGUAAACUGGUUUAAAGAUUUUUAAAUAAAAUAAAAAUCCACAUCAA